UGUCAUGAAUCUAUGCUAUUGAACACUGCAUCUACCUUGUACCUUAGUCUGUUAAGCAUUAGCAUACCGGAAAAUACGCAGAAAACGUGUCGAGUUUUGAUUACGUCACCAGUAAUCACAUCGCUACACGAGGGGAACGGGAGAAAGUUCCACACAAAUCGGUGGUCUCAAAUUUAAACCAUGGGGAAGCAGAAAACAAAGAAGUUUGCUGCAAUGAAGAGAAUGAUCAAUCUGAAAGAUCACAGAAUAAAAGAGAAAGACCGGGCCAAAGCAAAAGAGAAAAAGAAGAAAGAUCCCUCAGAGCUUAAGGAGAGAGAAGUGACAAAGUACCCGUCAUGCCUGUUCUUCCAGUACAAUACUCAGCUUGGUCCACCAUACCACGUUCUAGUCGACACAAAUUUCAUCAACUUCUCCAUCAAGGCCAAACUGGACAUUGUUCAAUCUAUGAUGGAUUGUCUGUAUGCAAAAUGUAUCCCAUGUAUCACAGACUGUGUGAUGGCUGAGAUUGAAAAGCUCGGAAUGAAGUACAGAGUCGCACUCAGGAUAGCCAAGGAUCCGAGGUUUGAGCGCCUGCCAUGCACACACAAGGGAACAUAUGCCGAUGACUGUUUAGUCCAAAGGGUAACGCAGCACAAGUGUUACAUCCUGGCUACCGUGGACAGAGAUUUAAAGAGAAGAAUCAGGAAGAUUCCUGGGGUACCCAUCAUGUACAUCUCAAACCACAGGUACAAUAUUGAACGGAUGCCUGAUGACUACGGAGCUCCAAGGUUUUAAUAUUUUUACAAUAAAGCUAGACCUGUAAAUAGAUUAAGUUUCCUGUUUAAUAUUAUUUCCUUUUAUGCAUAUCAAAAAUAUUGUGAGCCUUUGUAGUUUUGAUUUGGUGAGGAUGGGGUGGGUUUGAUCUUACUGCAAAUUAUUGCAGACAUUCUAUUCUCAAACAUUUUGUUACAAGAAUAAAUUAAUCGUUGCAAUCAC